CUCCUCGAGUCUCAAGAGACUCUCGCCUCUCUCGCCGUUCUCUUCGAAGCCACAACCCACACGCAUCCCAACAAUAACAAUAGCAAUGGCUUCCAUCCUCUCACAGAAGAAAAAGAAGAAAGACAAAUACACGCUAUCUGACCUAAAAACCCUAGGUCAUCAACUUCUCUCUUCCAGAGCCCACAUCAACAAUUUACCUCUCCUUCUCACAUUCAUCAACCCAUCUUCUCCCCCACAAUACGUCCUCUCCUCUCUCCUCUCCCUCCAGUCAUUCUUUAUCCCACUCCUCCCCAACCUCCCACCUUCGUCCUCUAAGCCUUCCAUCAGCUCCGUCCAAAAAGAUCCCGACCCCGAGUUCAUCUACCGUACGUGGCUUCGUUCCAAGUUCGAUGACUUUGUCCAAUCCCUUAUUGACAUUACAAUAUCUUCGCAAUGCGAAGGAACUCUACGCGAAGUUGUGUUGGAUACGUUAAUGGAGUUUGUGAGGGUAGGGAAUGGGGGAAGGUUUCAUUCUGGUGUUUACCACAAGUUUCUCCACAGUAUUAUUCACUCCAUGUUGGGGGUUGAUGAUAUUUUGUUAGAUUUGCUUGCAUCAAAAUAUUUGAAGUACAUUGAUGUCAGUUAUUUUACUUACAUCAACCUGGAAAAGCUAGCUCGAUCGUUGGAGGCAAAAAAUAUCCCUGAUAACAGAAGUGUGAGUCCAGAUGCUGACAAUGAGAGUUGGUCAAGUGCAAGCGUGGAGCUUUCUAUUCACAAGAUACAUCAUAUAAUAUCACGUAUCCCAAUCCUAGAAGCAUUCGACGAAAAGUCUGAAUACCAAAUGUUGAAUGGGUCAGUUAACUCCAUUAAGUUCUCAGUUUGGGACAGUUUAACCUGGAAACUUGGAUUAAUCCCCACCCAGUUAUAUGGGUCGUCAUUAGCAAGCAUUUUUAUUAAAGAAUGCAAUGACAAAGAACAUUCUGAGCUUCUUAAAGCAGAAGAUAAACAGAAGACGACGAAAAAAGCUGCCAAUAAUGUUCUGCCUCGAGCCAAUGUUGGCAAGAAGAUGAAAUUAAAGUUUACCAAAGCAUGGAUAUCAUUUCUUAGCUUGCCGCUUCCUCUCGAUGUGUAUAAGGAGGUAACUCGUCGUUCCUCUCUCAGGAUUGUAUUUAUUGUUAUUAAGUGAUUGGAAUAUGGUAACCCAACAAAAAAAGUAAAGAUUGUAUUAUUUGUGGCUUUAUUAUUUCCCGAAUUGAAUUAGGCUUAGGCUCUUGAUUUAUAGUUCAGUCACCAAUGCAUUAUAAAUUAUAAUUAUGACUUCACAUUCAACUCAACUAAGCUUCGUUCUCGAACUAUUCAAGGGCGACUAAUUGAACCAUGUUCUACUAUUAUGCUUUUUCUAAAGCCAUAUUGUUUUGUUUUGUUUAAUUUCUAUUUAUUAUAUUCUUCUUUUCCAUCUUUGUUCGUGUUAAUCAUAGUUAUCAAAUCGUGUAUCGG